CGUAGGUGAGACAGUGAGAUCGAACAGCGCCGCAAAACGGAUACCACAGAAUUGCAAUCACCCACAACUUCGUCUCUUCAGCGCCUCAACAAUUCUAGAUGGCCAUGUCAGAUGUCAUGCCGUGGGUCUACGUCUUACCGGUAAUUGGAUUUGUCUCCUUGUAUUGGAUUAUCGGCACUCUUCGGCUUGCUUACCGCACCGAUUUGUCGCCGCUCCCCGGUCCGAAAUGGGCCCGAUUCACGGGAUUAUACCGCGUGUAUCGACUAUGGUCGGGACAAGCGCCUGCGGUAUAUUUGCAGCUUCAUGAACAGUAUGGCCCAAUCGUACGCACUGGGCCAAACACUGUGUCUAUCGCCGACCCAGCUACGAUACCCACCAUCUAUGGCAUCAGCAGCAAUUUCCUGAAGUCUAAGUUUUACACAACAUUGACUACAACCUACAAUGGUGAAAUCGUGGACAGCCUGUUCACAACCCGUGAUCCAGCUCACCACAAGGCACUAAAGCGGCCGGUAGCUGGGAAAUUCUCCAUGACAUCAAUUCGGACCAUGGAGCCGCUUGUUGACGAAUGUUCUGAGAUUUUUAUCCGAUCCAUGGAAGAUCUGGAAGGCCAGAAGGUGGAUCUUGGCGCUUGGGUCCAGUGGUAUGCAUUCGAUGUCAUUGGAAUGAUCACGUUCAAUCGCCGCUUUGGGUUCAUGGAAGAACGUAAAGAUAUUUUAGACAUGAUUUCGAGCCUGGAGUUUGCUCUGAAGUAUGCUGGACUUAUUGGCCAAGUUCCGUACCUACAUCCCUGGUUGGCAGGAAACCAAAUCGUGAUGAAGAUUAUGGAACGGAUUUUGCAUUUGCCAAAUCCAGCUCGAACCAUUGUGGAGUUCACCCAAGAGUGUAUCGAUGCUUAUGAUCGAAAUGAAAAGGAGAAGGAAACGUCUGAUUUUCUAACCUUCCUGAGACUUGAAGAGAAAAAGAAUAAGGACACAAUGCCACAUGGAGACUUGAUCAAUCACCUCAGCAAUAAUCUGUUAGCUGGAAGUGACACAACAGCCAUUUCCCUUCGAGCUAUUCUUUAUUAUCUGAUCCAAACACCAAAAUCAUACAAGCGCCUACAGGCAGAGAUUGAUGACGCCGAUCGUGCCGGAAAGCUGUCCAAGUUCGUAACUUACGGCGAAGGUUUGGAACUGGAGUAUUUACAAGCUGUCAUGAAGGAAGCAAUGCGAUUGCAUCCUGGUGUAUCAUAUCCGCUAGAGCGUCUUGUACCUGAGGGCGGUGUUAAUCUUUGCGGACAAAAAUUACGUGAAGGCACGAAUGUUGGAAUCAACCCUGUCGUUGUGCACCAAAACAGAGCGAUUUUCGGGGAUGAUGCAGCGAAGUUUCGACCUGAGCGGUGGCUGGAGGCCGGUCCAGAACAAUUGAAGAUUAUGGAGCGAACGCUUUUGACUUUUGGUACUGGAACACGCUCGUGUAUUGGAAAGAACAUCUCGUUGAUGGAGAUGGGGAAGUUUGUUCCGCAGAUUCUGCGUCAAUUUGAGCUUUACUGGGCUUCUGAGAAGCCGGAAUGGACAGUCAACACUUACUGGUUUGCGAGGCAGUCGGACUUCAUCGUCAAGUUUACACGAGGAAGAAGUAAAAUAUCUCAGAAAUUAUCAUUACCAAUUUGACUGU